AUGGCCUCCCCAAUUGAGAAAGCCACUAUCCCCAUUAUUGAGAAAGCCCAAGAAGUUGAAGCCAGUUCUAGUGACCCAAAAAUUACCCCGACCGUUCCUAUAAGCAUGGUUGCCCCAUUGCAAGAGCUGCAAGAUACCCCCACUGUAGAAUCAAACCCUGAGCCAAACCUUAAAGUAACUCCUGCCCAAACUGAGGAGGGUGAGGCUAGUGCUCCCCCAAAGAAAUCCAAAAUGAAGAGUGGUUUGAGGGAGGUGAUAAAUGAGGUAUCAAAGGGAUUAGACGAAGAAACACCAAAGAAAAAGGAUGUGAAGAAGAAGACACCUCCCAAAAAGAAGGCAGAGUCUACCUCCAUUACAGAGGAAACCUCUACCCCAAAGGCAAGAAAGCCAACUCCCAAGAAGAGAAAAUCAUAUAAAGAUGGUGAGGCUUCCCCAAAGGAAGCACUUGUACAACAGACCCCUCCAGUGAUUGAGAAGGUGGAAGUUACAGAGAAGCCAAUUGAGGUGGUGGAGAAGGCUGAAGAAACACCAAAGAGAAAGGAGGUGAAGAAGAAGACCCCUCCCAAAAAGAAGGCCGAGUCUACCUCCAUUGCAGAAGAAACCCCACAGUCCCAUGAAGAAACAAUUUCCUCAUAUGAGCCUCCCAAAACUACUGCUGAGGUUGAGAGGGACACUUGA